AUGAUGACUGCCAAAGUGAUUGAGAAUUCUGAAGGAGCUCGGACCACACCAUCAGUUGUUGCUCUCAGCGCGAAAGGGGAGCGACUUGUAGGAACCACAGCUAAGCAUCAGGCUGUGACGAACCCAACAAAUACAUUUUCAGGGACAAAACGUUUAACAGGGAGGCGGUUUGAUGAUCCUCAGACACAGAAGGAAAUGAAAAUGGUGCCUUAUAAGAUAGUCAGAGCUCCCAAUGGAGAUGCUUGGGUGGAAGCUGCUGGACAGCAGUACUCCCCAAGCCAGAUUGGUGCAUUCGUUCUUAGCAGGAUGAAAGAAACAGCUGAGUCGUACCUGAACAACGGUGUUAACAAAGCUGAAGUUACAGUUCCAGCCUACUUCAAUGAUGCACAUAGAAUUAUUAACGAACCAACUGCUGCUGCACUAUCUUAUGGUUUAAAUAACAAAGAAGGCACCAUUGCAGUGUUUGAUCUUGGAGGCGGUACUUUUGAUGUUUCUAUUCUAGAAAUAUCCAAUGGUGUCUUUGAGGUGAAAGCAACGAAUGGAGACACAUUUCUUGGAGGGGAGGAUUUUGACAAUGCACUGUUAGAAUUCUUGGUGGGUGAGUUCCAGAGAACCGAAGGGAUUGAUCUAUCAAAGGAUAGGCUUGCACUGCAGAGGCUUCGGGAAGCUGCAGAGAAGGCUAAGAUAGAACUCUCAUCGACCUCUCAGACUGAAAUCAACCUGCCUUUCAUAACUGCUGAUGCUUCUGUAGAUGAAGUUCUUCUUGUUGGAGGUAUGACUCGUGUUCCCAAGGUACAACAAAUAGUUGCUGAAAUUUUCGGAAAAAGUCCAAGCAAGGGGGUUAAUCCUGAUGAGGCUGUUGCAAUGGGAGCUGCAAUUCAGGGUGGUAUCCUCCGUGGAGAUGUGAAGGAGUUGCUUUUAUUGGAUGUAACUCCACUAUCGCUUGGCAUUGAAACUCUUGGUGGCAUUUUCACCAGGCUGAUUAACAGAAACACCACCAUUCCCACAAGGAAGUCCCAGGAUAUAUACGCCCGCACCCAUGAACUCGAAAUGCAUGCAAAUAUGUAUAGGAUCACGCAUGCAUCUGCUGUACAGUCGACGGCAAGGUAUGCUUCGUUCGUUGUCUUCUCUACAGCCGCAGACAACCAGACCCAAGUUGGAAUCAAAGUGCUUCAAGGUGAGCGUCAAAUGGCUGCUGACAACAAGCUUCUUGGAGAAUUCGAACUUAUGGGUAUUCCACCUGCACCUAGGGGCUUGCCACAGAUUGAAGUGACAUUCGACAUUGAUGCCAAUGGUAUUGUUACUGUUUUUGCCAAGGAUAAGACAACUGGAAAAGAGCAACAGAUUACGAUCAGAUCAUCUGGAGGGCUUUCAGAGGAUGAGAUUCAAAAGAUGGUCAGGGAAGCCAAGUUGCAUUCUCAGAAAGAUCAGGAGAGGAAAGAACUGAUUGACCUCCGAAAUUCUGCUGAUACAACCAUAUACAUCAUAGAGAAGAGCUUAGCCGAGUAUAGGGACAAGAUUCCAUCUGAGGUGGCAACAGAACUCGAGUCUGCUGUGUCAGACCUAAGGAAAGCAAUGGGUAAUGACAACGUGGAGGAGAUAAAGGCAAAGAUUGAUGCUGCAAACAAGGCUGCUACAAAGAUUGGACAGCAUAUGUCUGGAGGCUCCGGUGGGGCUGCCUCUGGAGGGUCCCAGGAUGGGGAGCAGCCUCCAGAAGCAGAAUAUGAGGAGGCCAAGAAGUAG